AUGAUAAUACUGAUCUGUGCGGCAUUCGGUCUCUGGGCGUGGUGUCGAAAGAAUGGUAACAAGGAUGAACCCCCUGCCUAUCCCGAAAGUCUACCUUUAAUAGGUCAUGCACAUUUACUUUGCGGCGACAGUGUGCAACUGUGGAAUAGACUUAAAGAGUUCUGCAAUGAAAGUUUUAAAGCAGGCGGUGUGGUGUCUGUGUCUAUUGGUCCAAGAACUAUUUAUGCGAUAACUGAUCCAGAGGACUGCUUGACUGUAGCCAACACUUGUUUACAAAAAGAUAAUUUUUACGAAUUUGGAAAAGCUUGGGUAGGGGAGGGGCUACUUACAGGGGCUGUACCUAUAUGGAAAGACCACCGUAAACUGCUAAACCCUUCGUUCAGUCAAGUGGUACUCGAUGGUUUCUUGGAUGUCUUCAAUAAACAAGCUCGACGUUUAGUUAAAGAUUUAGCAGAAGAAGUUGGUAAAGGCCCUUUCGAUCACUGGGUGUACACACGACAUAAUGCUUUGGAAACUAUAUGCUUGACAGCUUUAGGUGUUGAUCACACUGAUAAGACAAUACUAAACAGCCAAUAUGUCGAUGCUGUAGAGCAAAUGCUCAACGUAUUUUUGGACAGGUUCCAAAAGUUCUGGCUCCACAAUAAUUUCAUCUACAGCUUGUCUUCAUUAAAAAAGAAACAAGAUGAAUAUUUAAAAAUUAUUCACAACAUGUCCGAUACGGUUUUAAAAAAGAGAAAAGCAGGCUAUUUAAAUAAUAAUAAUCCAAAGAAGGUAGAAAAGGUGCAAGGGCUAAAGUUCAAGCCAUUCAUGGAUCUUCUGUUAGAGCUAGCAAUAGAGAAAGGAGCGUUCAAUGACAGUGAGAUUAGAGAACACGUUGACACUAUGAUUGCAGUCGGUCAUGAUACUUCAGCGAGUGUCCUCAUGUUCAGUAUGUUGUUAGUCGGUUCCUAUCCACACGUGCAACAGAGAAUAUUUGAAGAAUUAAAUGAUGUUUUUGGUGAUGACGAUAGAGACCUAACGAAUAUGGGAAGAAGAAAUUGUAUAGGAAAGUCAUACUCUUACAUGUUCAUGAAAACUACGUUAGCACAUCUGUACAGACAUUUCAGGGUUAAGGGCGACCACACAAAAUUACAAGCUAAAAUAGAUGUUAUGUUGAGACCGGAAUCUGGAUAUUACAUAACGAUUGAGAGAAAGAAGAAA